ACGUAUCUCAGUGAUUUUUAAAAUCGAAUUAUCAAAAAAAACUCAGCUGAUUUUAAUUAGAUUAGUUCCAUUUUAAAAAAUGGCUCCGACGUCUUCUCAUUGUUUUCCAUAUAGACCUCAUGAUUAUGUAUACGAUCCUAUUUUCACCGUAUCGGGACCAACGGAUCAUUACAAGGCAGCUAUAGCAGCUAAAAUGUCCGCUGCGAAGUUUCAAAUAUGUCCAAUAUUUCCAAACAUGUUCUCGGAUUUACCUACUCGACCUCGAAUACAACUUGUUAAACGCAGGCAACGACCAAUCGCUAAGUAUGAAGAAUGUUUGUCUAUUGGUAAAUCGAAAGUUCGACAUCUUUGUAGACCGCCAGAUGUCCGCGGAAUCGACAGAUCCAAAUUUUUUGUUACCGUUAUGAAUUUUCCACCAAAAGAUAUCAUCCCUUAUCAAACCUCUCCUACUUUUACCAUAGAAAGAAUAUCGAGAAAACGUAAACAAUGGGAAAAUCAAAAAACUAGAGACGUGGAAGUUGAGACUAAGUUUAGAGAAUCUACGACGCAAACCGACCCAUGGAAACCACCAUAUAAGAUAAUUGGAAAAGGGGAUCCGGAAAUUUUGAAACUAGAUUUUCUAAAAUGGGGCAGUGGCCUGCCGGCUGGAAUGCGCGAAAUCCAAUUAAUCGAAAGAGCAAGAAUGAAAGCGGCGUGGGAAAAAGAAAUUAAACCAGACAUUAGAAACGAAAAUUCCUUGAUUCAAUUCAGAAAUUACAUGACUGCUUUAGAACUCGACGAAUGGGCAUUCAGAGAACAGGAAAUCAACGAAGUUCAAGAAUUACGUUUACAGCUUUUGGAAAAUAUGUUAAACGAACUACAUGAAGUUUCUAAAAAUAGAACGGAAAUGAGAAUGAAAAACUACAUUGCCAAGAAAGAGGCCGAAAAAGAAGAGCAGAUUCAAAAAAUUCGAAAACAAACUGCUAGAGAAUUGAGGAAACUUGAAACGAAACAAAGAGGUACACAAAGAAAAUACCAUUCAGUUAAUAUUGUCGACGAACAUGUUGAUAAAAAAUCGGAGAUUUAUGCUCCAUUAAUUCGUCAUGGUGAACAUCCGAAACGUUGGCACUUCAUAAUCGACGAAAAACUCAAAAAAUACAAAGCACAAUUUAUUGGUGUUGAGCAUAUAAGUACUUUACCAAAAUGGCUGAAUCAAGCAACGAAAAUAGACAAACGUACAUUACAUUCCAACUGGCCUAAAAGACGUUUGUGUAUAAGAGAAACUAAAUGGACGGCUCCAGUUUUGAAACAAUUACAUGAAGAACUCAAAGAUCUAAGGAAAGGUGACGACAAACGUUUUUCGACAUUAAGAACGAGAGUAGACGCUUUCGUGGAAGCACCACAUACACCGGAAGUAGAAGGUAUUUCGGUAGAAGAAGAAGCCCAAUAUCAAGCUCUGGUCACACUACAAAGCAUCAUAAAAGGAAGAGCUUCUCAAAUUAUGAUAUACGAAGGUAGAGAUACUUGUAAAGAAUUGAUACAAGAACUUAAGCAUUCCAAAGGUUUGCUACGAAAACAGAAAGAACUAAAGAAGAGGGAGAAAUUCAGAGUUAAAGCUCAGCAACGUGAUGAACUAAUACAAAUGAGAAUGGUGGAGAAAUUGCAAUGUUCUUUGGGUAAACUUCAAGGAGUCGUUGUGGGUUCUCUUCUCGACUUCCUAAAUAAAGAAUUAAGAAGAUUACUGGAAGAACGCAAAGCUCAUGCCAUGUGUCUGUUAAACGAAAGAGAGAGAUAUGUACGCGAAGCAAUAGAAGCUGGAAGAAGACAAAAAGAAUUGAGAAGACGAAGAGAGCACGACGAAAUGUUUAAGCAAAUUGUAAAAAUCACCCAAGAAAGCGUCGAUCUUUAUUUGAAAGAUAUUAUUACAGAAGGAAUGGACUUUGUUUCUCAAGAAAGUAGUACUGAGUAUGUGCAAAAAUUGGCGAAACAAAUAGAAAAAGAAACAGAGGACGCUUAUGAAGAACUCUUGUCAGUCGACGAAGAAGAUGAAAUAAUAGCAAACUUAGUUCUCCAUUUCGUAUUACCAGAAGUCAACAAAAAAAUUAUACGCGAAAAAAUUGCUCAACAACAGAAACAAAAUUUAAAAACUAUUCACAAUGCUAUUUAUUCAAAAUUAGAAUCUUUGCCAAAACCAGUAAUUACUGAAAUGCAGCCUGAUGAAAUUGCAGCAUCUAUAAUGGAAGAUAUUUUAACAAAACUUGAUGAAAAAAUAGAAGAAACGUCAAUUAGCAACUUGAGUGAUUACCAAAUGUCUGACAUUGGUGAAGAUGACAUUUCUGAGGUACAUAGAAAAGCAACUAUAGUAUCAGAGGCUAUUUCUGAAAAAGAUUAUAAAGAUCCCGUAGAUUUAUACAUGUCUCAUCUGAUGGAACAGGAGGACGAAUUUGUAGAAUUCAAUGUAUUUUCAGAAGAACAAGGUGAUUUCAAUCUUAGAAAAGAUGUUUUGGAAACCAUUCCUGAAGCUGAUAACGAAACUUCGUCUAUUAAAGAUUAGUUAUUGAAGAAUGAUAAAGUGCAUUCAAUAUAAUGUCAAAUACUAUGAAAUUAGAAAUAAAACAACUAAUUAAUUUUAUAACCACGAAACAAUAUAUUGUUAAUAGUAAAGAAAUUGUAAGGUGAUUAAUACUUUAUAACAAGUUAAAAGUUGAAACCUACAAAUUUAUUAUAUACUUAUCCCCUAGGUAGAUGAAGCUCUAAUAAUUAACCCACAAAAAUCACAUUUAUAUAUUGUAAGUAACAGUAUGUCACGAAUUAUUCUAAAUAAACUAAUGAAAAUAAUGUUAAUAUUUAACCAGCAAAA